AUCGCUGUGUUCAAUUCUACGUACUGAGCAACUCAGCAUCAAGAAGGGAUUCGGCGAAGAUGAGUGAUGAUAACAAUAACAAGGGCAGCAGCAAGGCGAGGCGGAGGGCGCACCGCCUGGCGUGCUGCGUGGCGCUGGGCGUGCUGGUGAUCCUGGGCGCGCUGGCGCUGGCCUUCUACCUGCGGUACCGUCCGCGGCCGCCGCGCGUGGUGGCGACGCCGGUGGACGUGGGCAUCGAGGAGUUCCGGCUGCUGCCGCACCCGGCGCUGAAGCUGUCGGUGGGCGUGCACGUGGUGGUGAGCAACCCGAGCAACGCGCCGUUCCGGUACGGCGCGGCGCUGAGCGCGGUGACGUACCACGGCGCGCCGGUCGGGGAGACGCUGGUGCCGGCGGGCGAGGUCGGGGGCGGGGCCACGGCGCGGGUCGAGCCGGCCACGGUGGUGGACGGGGUGAAGGUGGCCGAGAGCCCCCACUUCGCGUCGGACGCCGUCGCGGGCGUGCUGCCGUUCGUGGCCGUGGCGAGGGUGGUGGGCAAGGCGCUCGUGCUGCGCGCCUUCGAGGUGCCCGUCUCCGUCGAGGUGGUGUGCCUCGUCCGGAUAUACGUGUUCCACGGGGAGAGCAGCUCGCGGUGCGUGGCCACCGUCCGCACGGGGUCCGGCGCUGGCUCUGGCUCUGGCGCGGGGUUCCCAGAGGGUGCAGGGCGUGCGCAGGAGCAUGACUAGGGUCGGAGGCGGAGGAUCCCUUGUUUCUGUGUGUCGAUUGGCCGUCCGGCUCUCUUCUUUUACUAGUACUACUACUUGUGUUGCUCUGGUGCUCCCGUUCUUCUAGAAUGAAAGAAAAGCAAUGCAGGUUGCG